AUGUCGAAAAAAUCAACUUCUAAUUCCAAAUCAAGUCAAGGAUCAUCUAAUAAAGUAACGCGUGAACGAUUUUCAAAACACCAAGUGCAAAAGCUUGAAGAAAGUUAUGCACGGAGUCCCAAUCUUGAUCCUCUGGAAAAGGAAAAGCUUGCAAAAGAAUUAGGUGUAGAAAGAAGGAGAAUUCAAAUCUGGUUCCAAAAUCGAAGAUCAAAGGAAAAGAAGAAGAUGAAGAAACAAUUAGCCUCUCGAUCUACCAUUAUUUUGCCGUCCCAACAUACAGAAAAUACGCCCACACUAUUACCAUCCACGGAACAAAGUACGGUUACUUCACAUGGUCUCCUUGUACCGACUUUUAUCUAUCAACCUGACAACGUUAUGUUAUCUCGUCUUUAUAUACCAUCCCAUACCGUCCCUCCUUCCUCAGAUACUUAUCCACCAAAUUCUUAUCUUCUUUCGCAUGAGGCACCAUCUCCACAACAUCCUCGUUUUACCUAUCUUCCUCUACAUUUUUAUCUCCCUCCUCCCUCCUCCCCGUCUUUUUCUUCUUCUACAUCAAUGAAUCCUUAG